AUGGCACCCUCACAAGGCCCCUCAAAAUCCAUACUUAAAACAUCCCUGCCCUCUACAUUCGCCGCCAUCUCCGCCGAACAACUAACGCCACACCGUCCGUCCUUGUCACAGGAAGAGCAAGAUAAAUACCUCCAGGGCAGACCCGGUGCAAGUUCACGCCAUCUGGAUAUUGCACUGCAGCAUGCGCAGCAAAUUCAGGCGCAGAAGGAUGCCGAGGAAAUGAUCCUAGAUCGCACGAUCGAGCUCCUCGCCAUCCCCGCCUCAUCCAGUGCAGACCCAGCUUUGCCCUCAGCAGACGAGGCACAGGCUUUCAAGUCUGCAGUGGCCUCAUUUCGCCCGAGCGAUUACGAUAAUUAUAUUAUGGAGCGGAACUACGAGGAUUUUUGUGGCUAUGGGCUUUGCCCCCGCAAGAAUCGCAAGGAGACAACCAACGCCAAAGGCCAGACAUUCCACUUUAAAUACGGCGCCAAGGGAAGCGGACCUGGUGGUCGUGGUCGCAGCAUGGAUAUUGUGCCUCGGGAAAAGCUGGAGAAGUGGUGCUCGGACGAGUGUGCCGAGCGAGCGCUCUUCAUUCGUGUGCAACUGGCCGAGGAGCCUGUUUGGGAGCGACGUGCCGGUGACAUUCAGGGCAUGAGAAUUCUUUUGUUGGAAGAGGCUCGUGCAAAGCGCCAGAAGCAGCCCAAAGCUGAAAGCUCAUCCGCCGCGGAAGUCACUGCUGAAAUGGAGAACUUGAAAAUCCAAGACCCCGAUCGCUCACGCGAGCUCGCUAUGGAGCGUGGCGACAAAUCCACCUCGGUCUUUCGUGAUGGGCGAGUGGAUAUCCAGAUCAAGGAAAAAGAACAUGGGUCUGGAACCUCCGCUACCACACCGCAACGACGGCCAGAGGACGCUUCGGGUGGAUCCAUUGAAGGAUAUGUUCCCCAAAAUGUAGGAAACAAGCGCUCGACACAGGAAGACGAGGGUGAUCUGCUUGAUCAAAUCUAA